GAGGGGUGAGGACCAUAGAGACGAAGAGGUGGCGACGGCCGGAGCGCCCCUGGGCUCUCUUAGCUCGGUAGGCUCAGGUAGACUUCGCGGCGGCUGGGCUGCGGCUGCAGAAACCGGGCUGGCGGGGCCGAGCGCGGGCCGCGGAGCAGGCCUCAGGGGUGAACCGUUUGAUGUAAGACUUGACUCCAUAAUCUACAUCUGCCCUAAUGCUGUCAUCCGGAGUAGAGACUCAGCCAGUUCCACUUGAUUCCUCCAUGUCUGCUGUGGUACAGGAAUUAUACUCUGAACUCCCCGUGAGUGUCUCCAAAGAGCUUCAUGUUGACCCUGAGCCAAGUUUGUUUCCAGAUGUAAAACCCGGAGCCUCAAGCUCUCUUGUAAGUCAGAGUAGGGCAGCGCCCUUGGAGCUGCAGAGGACUCCUGCGGAAAGUUGUGAAGAAACCCUUGAGACCUUGGAUCAUGGGGGAGAGCCUGGGCGGUGUGGGCUGGUGGACUCCACAGCAGGAGGUUCUGUGGCUUCUGAGAUCUUGGAUAGGAAAGAGAAAACCAAGAGCAUGGAGCUAAAGGUCUUCAGAGAUCGAGGGAACCAGGUGGAAAUUGUAAGAGACCCCUGUGAGGGAGCAAAGGAAGACCCAUGUCAACAUCCCACAGCCGCUGAAGAAAAGAUCAGCUCAAGUCAGGAGGACCUCCGGAUGCGGUCGCACAAGGAACUUGCAUACGCGGACCUCCCUGAAGGUUGUCUGGGGAGCAAAGAAGGAAAUGUACAAAUUACAACUGAAAUUCUACUAAAAUCUACUGAAGAAGUACAAGGUAUGAAGGUCAAUGGGACUAAGACGGAUAAUAAUGAAGGACACAAGAAUGGCAAUGUGAGUAAAGGUCUCUCCGCUGGGUGCAGCGAUUACCCAGAAGUAGACAAAAUCAUGACCAGUGAUGAGGUUUCAGAAACCAGCACAUUAGUUUCCCUAGAGGCUUUAAACUUUGUGGACCCUGGAUUAACAGAAGCAACUCCUAAAGAAAAAGAAUGUGAAGAAUUAAAAACUUGUUCUUCUUGGUUGUCAUUAUUACCAGGGAACAGUGCCAUUUCCAAAGUGGACAAUGGGAAGGAAGAGUUGUGUAAGUUAAGCCUUGUCUGUGAAGCAGAUGACAAUCACCAACAGAUUCUUGGCCACCAUAAUGAAAAACACGGUUCUGCACAGGGCAGUCCCAGACCCAUGAGAAAUGUAGAUGUUGUAGAACCCUUAGGAAAAAAUUCUGAAGUUUUGUAUUUCACAUCAAGUCUGCCUGGUCCAGAAUCCAGAACAACAUCCUUAGAAAAAUGUGGUUUUGAAGGCGAUGGCUUGCUAAAGAGAUCUGCUGAAAAGACAGACAAUUCCUGUUUUGAUGGGAAUGAUCAGAGCAAGAAUUUGGCUUCCGGAGAAGAAAAUGAAGAACAGUUUUUGAACCCCAGGAGUGAAAGAGGGGAACUCUUUCUUGUUAAUGCCAUGCAGCCAGAAGAGGCUGCCAUGGGUCAUUGUUCUGGAGGAAAAAAGACUAUGGCCUCCCUAAAAGGAAAUCUCCACAAUCACUGUUGCGUUCAAGGCAGUAUCCACACAGACAGCUCUGGUUCUUUAACGCCCAGUUCUUCUACUGAAGCCACGGAAAUAAUGUUUAAAAAAAAAGAUUUGAAAAUCACUUUAGACAUUCAAGGUAGCUUAACAAACCAUGAGGACUGUAGAGAAACCUUGACCAGUUUUCCUUCCUUGAUGCAGCCCAAAGAGCCAGAACAGACAACCACUAUCGAGCCCAGUAGGUUAAGUGAAAAGAUUUACAGUAAAGACCCUAAUUCCUCAGUCAGCAUGCAGAGAAAUCUGGAAGGCAAUACCCAGUUAAAUGAAGCAUCAUAUAAUGAAUUUAUGAUGGAAAAAAAAACCCUUGUGAGUUUCAUGCCAGAGGACCAGAUAAGUCCUGUAAAUGAGGAAUCAAAACCCAAGAAAGAUACUGCUCAGCUGUCGUCAUCCCUAGACUUUGGUUACAGACCGGAGUCAGAAAAAGCUGUACAGGCUUUACAGGACAUUAUUCCACAUUCAGAUAAACAGAGCAGUGCCUGUGAGAUAAAUGACCCUCCUUGUACUGACCAACUGGCUCUAAGCAAAAUAGAGAGUGAAUGUGUUUUAAAUCAAGUGUCCCUUAAUUCUCAAGACCAUGCAAAGUUGCCAAUUAACAAAGAAAUGCCUUUAGCAAUAAGCGAGAAUUCCCAACAGAGCCAUCACCUUCCAUUAGAGGAUGGAGCCAGUAUCACUGCUGAUACCCAAACCAUUCCCAUGAAGACAAAAAUGGAUGACAUCUCCCCACCAGGUGACAAAACCUGUGGUGCUUCUUCAAACAGUCCAGCCUUGAAUGUCAAACCAGGAGGCCCAGAAAGAAAAAGCAAAAUGGCUGAUUCAGGAACAGAAGACGAACAUUCCAGACUUCUCCCAAGUAAGAAAGAAGCAGCUGUCUUGCCCCCAGAGGUCUCUGUCACGGAAUGUCAAAAUGUUCAAUCUCAAGACCUCUGUAGCUGCCACUGUAUAGGAAAAAAUGCACAAGAAGCGAGCACGUGUUGUGUGUGUGCUGCUUUUGAGUCUAGCAGAACCACCCAGGCAGCUGAAAACCCUUUGAUAACAAAGUAUGAAAAUGCACUUCAGCACAGCAACCGCCACUCUCCAGGAAGAGAAGACUCCUUGGAAAACAGCACCCGUAAGGUGAGUUCUACAUUGCAGGAAAGGGAACUUACUGGACAAGAAACUAAAGGCAGCCUUCCAGGACAUAAGAUCGGAAAUGAAAGGACCGCAGGUAUGUUAAAUAGUGAAGCUUCAAACAAAACCAUUCACACCACUAAUCACAUCCAACCCAGUGUGGAAGGGCGAGAAUUAAAGGAACAGGAUACGCCCAAAGAGACUGUGUGUUGUAAAUAUAACGUCUCUGAUUGUGCCACACAAGAACUAAACCAAUCCAUAAACAUUCCAGAUCCUAAAAAACUGUUGGACCAGUCUCCUACUGCUAAGUCCCCCAAUUUUAAAAACAUGAACCAGGCAGUUAAAAGUCUUGAUCAGAAGACAGAUGAAGUCCUUGACUGCCAGAGUAACGCAGACACGCCAGAUGAAUGCAACAGUGAAGAUAAAAUAGCGAAGGAGACACUGGGCAGUGACCAGAGAGACUCCAUCACAGAGCCUAACACAAAGGUAAGCCACAACCCAAAGGAUCUGCCGUUCAGCUCAGGCAGUAACAAAUUGUCUGCUGGUAGUCUGAAAAAAGGCUGUUUAAAAGGCGCCUUUGAGAGGACUUCUGGUUGUGAGGAGUCCACAGAUGGUUUGGCGGACAUCGUCUGCACAGACUGCAGUAAUGAGCCUACAGAAGGCAUGUUGGACACAACAGCAUCUGGCACACUUGAUGGUGGUGCGCGGCAAGGUGGGCUGGCGUUAACCGGAACCUCAAGGAGUGCCUUGUCUCAGACAGGAGACGCGAACGCUGCGUUUGUAGGAAAGAUUGACCAGGAUUCUGAUUUCCCAGAUGCUGUUUCCUCUGCAGUGGAAUCUCUUGAAAUAAGAAAAUCAUGUGAAGAGAAAGUCUGCAGAUCAUUAAAAGACUGUCAAAUGGAAGUGUGUCCAGACUCUUCUGCCAGUGAGAUAGAAUCUGUUGCAGAUCAUGAACCAAAUGUAAGAAUAUUGGAUAGAGUUGACGUGUCUUUAAAUCAUAUUCAUCACGAACAGCAAGUUAAAGAAGCAUCUCUAGGAAUGAUUGAAAGAUCAAAAUUAGAUAUACAUCCUGAGUUUGACCAGGAAAAUACCUUUGAAAUUUCCUCAAAAGAGUUGGUGUCUUCUAGACACCAAGAUGAGAACUCCGUUCCCACAGAGAGCCUGAAAUCCAUUGAGAUAAUGCCUUUAGACCUGCCUUCUCAAGAAAAUUCAGGAGCUAACAUUAAUGGUGAAGAAACAGACCUGAAAAAUAUUUUUAAACCAAAAGAUGGUGAAAUGCUUUAUGAAGAUGUAGAGGACUCCACAGUCCUGCCUGAGACGAAGGAUGGAGCACUGAGGGAUGUGAGUAAUCCCAGGGAAGGAAACAGCAUUGACAUCGGUGUGAAAAUUUUGCCUUUGAUGAUGGAAAAAGAAACUAAAGUGAAAGGGGAAGAAACUAAAGAACAUCAGAGGGCAUCCCUGGAUCUCUUACCCGUUGGGGAGGAAUCUGAGGAGAUGAUUACCAGAGAGGAUGGUCAUGGUGAUAAUAUGAGUGACAUGUCUCAGACACACUUAAAAUCCCUGAGGAUGCUUGGUGAUGCUGAGAAACAACAAAGCCAAAGGGAUUUGGACUACUUGUUGCAGAGGGAAGAGGAAUGUAUACAUCCAGAAGAAGCACAUACGAUAUUGGAACAAUGCACAUCAUCUAAUACGUUGUCAAAUGAGGUGAAAAAUGAGAACCGACCUGAGGAUCGCAAAUGUAAGUACACCAUGAUUAAAGAAAUCACCCCAGCAAAGCCGGCCAAGGGUAGCAGUACUGGACAGCUUCAGAAGUUGAAAGACCCAAAGGAGGAAAACUUACGUCAUCCAUUAAAAAGGGGUAUUGAGUUGUGCAUAGGUCCUUGCCUUCGUGGUGCCCCCCCGAAAGCACAAAACCCCAGUUCUGCUAGGUGUGACAAACUGUAUGGUGCCUUUGGGGACACUUCACACCAGAGAAGAGUGCUUCCCUUAAAGAAGCAGCCUCAUCGGACAUGUAAGAAAGUUUCCUGUCAGGAGCAAGUCAACAUGGGGAGAAAGAUAAGUAAAAUCAGAAAUUCUGCCUUUUUAAAGAGUUCCUCUGAAACCAUCCCCACAAAAGCACACAGAUUUCUCAGUUCACGUGCUGUGUCUGCACCCACACGACUGGAACCCGAAACAGUACCUGCCAGGAGCUCAGUUAGCCACAUACCAAAGCAGAAGGCUGCUCCGUGCCAUCUCUUAAGGAGCCUGAAUGUCAGGAAGCCUACCAAAGAAUCAGCCUUACUCAGCAAGCUCUCCAUCCUCGCCUCCAAACUGGCCCCAGCCGCAAAGACCCAGAAGCUAAGGUAUCGGCGGUGUUCCUCUGAACUUCUUCCGGUGGCUAAAAGCUACAAGCGGCUCAGAUAUAAAAGGCUCCUAGACGGGUUUUCGUACAAUACAAUGCAGCUGAGUCCAUAUUUGACAGCUAGUGGAUGGGAUAAGAAGCCUAACAGUAAGCCUUUGACACUUUAUCCACUUGAAGCCAUCAAAAUGAGCUUCAUAGAUUUGAGCAACAAGAUGCCGUUGCUGCUGUUCGGUUCUGAGACCUUCCCGGUAUCCUUUAAUGUGAAAUCAGGCUCUGAGUGCGGGGCUGAGUCCCCGAGGACUUUUCCCGAGCACUGUGCUCCGGCGAGGCUUGCCUUAGGAGAGGCCGCCCCAUACCCUUCUCGGCCUCCCAAGUGGACCUUUUCUUUCUUCUUGUCCCACGGUUGCCCUGGAGUGGCCACAUUCAGGGAAGACACUGGCCUCCACGGUCGGGCACAUGGCCGGGGUCCUCCACAGCCUCCUGUUCCUCUCCAAGACUACGGAGGCACCGCCAUAGUCCAGACAAAAGCAGGCUGCUCCGUCCUUGGCCUCCACACACUCCUAGCACUUUGUUCCCCUGGAUGUUAUCGAAUCUGGACAAAAAAACGGAGCUUCUCCAGUCAUAUGCCUACCAUGCAGAGGCUCUUCAUGACCCAGUUUACACAAGGCUUGAAAGGGUUAAGGUCUCCGGCCUCCAUAGCAGACAAGAUCUUCUGUUCUCUGCCCUAUUCGGUGGGCCGAGUGCUGUCACUUUGGAGCCAGCAUGGACCUUCUUCCACCUGCCCCUUCGAAGUCUCCGCUCUUCAUUCCACUCACAGCAAGCGACAGCCAACUCUGGGCACCACAAGCAGCCACGCCAUGUUACCAUAUGUGCCUCUUCCAGGCAUGGAAGCUACUUACACCACCAGUGGCAGUCAGAUGAGGCUAGAGCCUCCGUUCCCCGCCUUGGUACCAAAGUCUUGCUUGGUAACAGACUCGGCUGUGAGCAAGCUCCUGCUUUCAGCCUCUGAGUUCCAGGUUCCUGAAUUAGAUGAACUAGAUGGUGUGGCGGCACCAUGCCCCCAUCCACAAAGCAGCCCUCCAGAACAGAAAGAGGCUGAGCCCGAGAAGAGGCCAAAGAAAGUUUCACAGAUUCGCAUCCGGAAAACCAUUCCUAAGCCAGACCCUAAUCUUACUCCCAUGGGCCUCCCUCGACCCAAAAGGUUAAAGAAAAAGGAGUUCAGCUUAGAAGAAAUAUAUACCAACAAGAAUUAUAAGUCUCCUCCUGCAAACAGGUGUUUAGAGACCAUCUUUGAGGAACCUAAGGAACGAAACGGUACUCUAAUUUCCAUCAGCCAACAGAAGAGGAAGCGAGUUCUAGAAUUUCAGGAUUUUACGGUCCCACGGAAGAGGAGAGCUCGGGGUAAGGUCAAGGUGGCAGGCAGCUUCACCAGAGCCCAGAAGGCGGCGCUGCAGAGUCGAGAGUUGGAUGCCCUUUUGAUACAGAAACUAAUGGAACUGGAGACCUUCUUUGCCAAGGAAGAGGAACAGGAGCCAUCAUCUGGUUGCUGAGAAGCAGUUUGGUUCGGGGGUCUCAGUGUUAGGUUUUCUGAGCCUCCUUAGAAGAGGCUGCCUAGUUUUUCCCUAUGCCCGACUAUUCAAAAUGCAGUCCCUGGAUUUUUACCUGUUCCAAGGUGCAACCUUUUUAGAAACUGGUGAAGGAGGGUCCUCUGCUUCUACUGCUGAGUAUAGAACCUCAGGAAUGCUCCUUUUCUCCUGGAAGUGGUCCUGAGUGACACAUGGCCGCCUCCCCCCACGCUCUGCCAUCCACAGGAGGAGGACACGGCGUACCUUCAGUGACACUAGGAUCCCAAGGACUCACAGCGUUUGCACGUCCAUGUGAAAGUUCCACGUUGUUUACGGUGGUGCUAGACCAAGAUUCUUCAGAGACGUUGCCUAGGGAGGGGGACCUGGUGUCCUGCCCCGUCCUUCACGGUCUCACCGGCUCGCCUCAGUAGCUGAGUAAAGAUGAGCCUGUGGUGUUUUCUAAUUGUUUGAGUCCGUCUGCCCAGAACCUGGGGUGUGAGUGUGUGUGUGUGCGCGUGUUUGUUGCUUUUUCCCGUCAUUUUUUCUUUUCCCUUCUGUGACUGUCACUAGUGCCACAGGAGCCCAUCUAGGCCCCAUUCGAAGUAAGUUGCACUUUUUAAUGUUGUGGUGUUAUUUUCAUUUGUUUUUUAAUUUCCUUUUUUUUUUUUUUUAAAUUGCUGCAUGUUUAGAGCCUUUAAAUGUGAUUUUAAAGCAUCUUUUUAAAGACAUCGAGGAGGAAGACAAUGCGCGUCUUCAGAAUACAAUGUAGACAUCUGACCCAGUGUAUCGGUGCGUGGUGCGGGACAGCGCAGAGACAUUUUCCCAGUCACGUGUUUCAGGCAAUCCCUUCCCCAUCUCCACCUUCUAGUGGAAUUCAUUAGAGGGAGCACUUUUUCUGUCUGGGUUCUCACUCUUGCCCACUAAGCAAGUAGAUGUAUUAAUUUUAGUGACAGAAGAAAGAGGUUUCUCUCCCAAUCAUUUAAAAAGUGUGAAGGUCGGGUAUGGUCUUUCCGUGGGUUUUUCGGAAGCCCCAGCACUGGGUACAUCGGCUUGGGUGGGGAGAAAGGCCGACCCGUGGUGUUUGCAGCCUUCAGAGCCACCUGCUCUGAGUGGAAAGAGGCGACGCAGCGUGGUUCAAACUCAGUGAUGCGUCCAUGGUGGGAUCAUGAAACUCCACAGCCAGCCCUCGCUGAGGAGACACCUCACUGUCCUCUGGGCUCCCGGAGCAAACCUACUGGGAACGCAGAAUGCCAGUUUGCUGAGCUGCUGCUUCUGUGCCCACAGGAGUCUGUGGGCAGAAGGAUGCUGUGUGGGUUAGCAGGCCCAGAGGUUUCCUUCCUUUUCCACUGGUCCCUGUGUUCCCUCACCCUGCCUCCCCUCCCCUCUUCCCCUUGUGUUUUAUCCUUCUUCUGUCUCUCUCUUUCAAAACAAGAGUUCAGAGAAUUAACAUUCCUUGGCUGGUGAAUGGGAUACCAGACCCAGCCCUAGGACACUACUCACCUCUUUCCGUCCUUGUAGGAGCCCCUGCUGGGAAGCAGCUGCCAGUGGGAACUGUCACAGCUCCCGAGACGCUUUCAAGUCAGUCUGUUAGAGGAGAGUGAGCGGUGCCGUCCUGGAAUGUGUCUCCUGGGUUCCUUUCGUUCCCCCGUGUUAGUGGGUGGGGAGAUCGGGUGGGGUGGGGGGUCUCUAUGUGCCUUUCCUUUGCAGGUUGACAGUCUGUGCCGCACUGGAGCAGAAGAACUGACAUGAGCAGGAAAAAACAAAGUGCCACAUCUGUCUCCUAGGCCCACUGCCUCAGACAGAGUAUUUAGUAAGUUAAAUACGUACCUGGUGACCCACUGAGGCUUCCGAGGCCACGGCCAAAUAGCGUUAGAAGAGAGCCGGGUCUCCACACUGGCUCUGCACGGUGUGAACCAGACUCUGCCGGUCUACAUCCACUUUGCCUGCACUAUAUAGACGCGACCUGCGUUUCACCUCAGUACCUCUCCCUUCCUGGGACAGGGUUUGUAGACACUAAAUGCUUCUCUGUCUUUUUGCUUUAGGGGCUGGGAUGACUAAUACAUGGUGCCCUUGUACAAACGUUUUCAGGGAACUACUGCUGGACAAGCUUGCACACGCCCAGUGAGCCCACAGAGCCGUUUGCCAGUGUAGCCGAGUCAGCGACGUGGCAGUCGCGUCCCCCCACAGACUGAAGUUGAGGUGGGCACAACUGUGAUGUCCCCAACAUUACACAGACACAAUUUCAGGUUUGCCCGUUACAGGCCUGGCAUUUUAAAGGCUAGGAGCAGUGAUCUGGAAUACUGCCGUCUGGGAGGGCAGAACUGGAGGAAACGGGGACCGGGGCUCCUUCCUCGUCCUGGGAAUGUCGGGGGAAAGCAGCUCUAGGUCAACCCUCUGUAUCCUUGAAAUUCUUGGCAUGCCCUGUGGCCAGGGCCCUUCCCCUGCUUCAAAGCUAAGAACACGUCCCCACUGCAAACUUGAAAUUGUUUACCUGAAGAUGAUGGGUUCUAGCCACGCUUAGCCACACCUGUCUUAACAUCUAUUUUUGCCAUUGGCCUAACCAGCCCCAGUGCUGUCUGUGGUCCUUGGGGCCUGAUAGGAGGCGUCAGUCGGCCGCUGGCACACCACCUGCCCCGAGCUGCGGGGGUCUGGUUCUGGGGUGGGAGCUGGUACAGUGUCUGAGUGUGGGGAUUCCCACCAAAGUGGUGGGGAGAUAGAGUUAACUACAACUUACUCGGCUCCAGUUUAGCGUUACUGAUAUGGGAAAGAGGAGAAAUCUCAGGUUCAGUCGCGGUUCUGCCCAUCAGUUUUUCACUGAAACGUUGAACUAUGGGUUUUCUCAUCUUUUAAUUUAUAACUAUAUUUGCCUCUGCCACCCACCUUCCCCUCCUUUCUUUUGAUCCCCUUUCUAGCUCCAUGUCUUCAUUCCUCAUCACCUUUUACACCAGACUAUGUCCACUUUUUCUUUCUGACCUUACUCUGAGAGCUACAGCUGAGGGAAGUACAGGGAAAAGACGUAGCGUUUGCCUUAUUGGAGCCUGAAAAGCUCAGAAACUCAUGCUGUGAAUCCCAAAACUCUGUGCUCCUCCAAGAGCUGUGAAAAUCAUGACAUUUUGUCACAAUUUUGCCUGAGUCUUUUGAGUGGGUGCCAGAGCCAAUCUGAGGUAAAUUCUAGACCCCGUCCUCCAGGUAUGACCCCCCCCCCCCGCCCUGCCCUCAGGGCCCAUCCUCUGCCCGCCCAGCCGAGAGCAGCACAGAGUGCGCGAUGGCGCAGCAGACCCCAGGCUGUGGUGCAGCCUCGUGGAACGCAGAGCCAGCGUCUGUCUCCAGGCUGGGGUUCCCCCUCAUAAUCAAUGCCAUGUGCAUCAACAUCCGCAGGAGACCCACUUUUAGGCAGUAAUCCUUUUCUCCCACUACCUGGGGGUGGGAGGGUGUGUGCAGUUGGUGCUUUUUAAAUUCCCUUGUUUUGUUUUGGAAAACUUUUCCCUUUGGUAUCAUGGAAAGGAGCUCUUAAACACCACAUUGUGGGGGGCUGUAUCCAAAGUCUAAAUAAUUGGCCGGAUAUGUGGAGUGACCUUUCCUGAAUUCAUGCAAGGGAAGGGCUCCUUAACCACAACUGAAUUUCUUAUGAGAAGAAGCUGGGGAGAAAGGCUCAAUUGAACUAGAAUCAAAAUUUAAUACCUAACCACAAAAUGAGAAAGAAGCAAAAGCUAUUUUGAUGGUAAAAUGAUGGUAAAAUGGUAGUCCACCAUCCAGCAUAGCAUACUCUCAGAUUUGAUGCUUACCCAUUGUAUGUCUUUACGAGUCCCUCUCUGGUGCUGAAUUGGAUUUGAAUUCUUGGUGAGAGGCCUCAGCAUCUCCUUGGGCUGGUCUGGGCCAGUAAGUAGCUGCCUGAAGUGUUUAUAUAUUAUCAUGGUCAAUAGUUCAGUGACAUUUUGUACUUUUUUUUUGUAACAUUGGCAUACACGAUACCCCCGCAGUUCCUUUUCUGUUUGGUAGUUUGUGCCUCUAAAAUCCCCACCGUUAUGUGUAUUAAUUUAUGAAAAUAAAAAUUUUUUUGAAACCUUUCAAA